CGUCGGAGGGGAGAUCAGGUCGCCUUCCUCUCUGUAUAUCAUAUGGAUGUUUGUCGAGUGCUUUCUUUAUAAACAUUUAUAUGCAUUACCUCUGACAGUUGGAUGGACUGGUACCUAACUCGUAAGGGUGUUCGGAGGCUUAAAUGUUUUAAUACAUCUAAAGCUCAUAGUAAGAGCUCACCAUUAUUAAUACUAUUUUUACGUGUGUAAGUGGAUUAUUUAAAUCUUUGAUUUUUCUUUCUGUAUAAAAAGUUUUCAAUUUUGAGGAAAAGAAAUAGCUUUAUUGUCGAGCCUUGCUUUUCAAACAGCACCACUUCCUGUUUGAUUAGUUGAUUUUUGCUCUUAAUAAUCAGUGACUUUUGGCUCUUUGCUAAAAUCAAAUCUAGAGAUACUAAGCCACUAGUGACUAUUUUUAAAAAGCAGUAUUAAUUAUAUACACACACAUAUUCCAAUAUGUUUUAGGGAGAAUCAGCCCAUUUGGGCCUUGGUCACUUCUAGAACAAGAAGUGAUAUUAAGCGAUAUUUAUUAACUAGAGUGAGACUUUAUGUGGUUCUUGAAGGAUGGUCAGAUCUAAAGAGGGAACUUUGUGAACUAAACCUGACUGGAGUUUGGUCUGUUUAGUUAUGAGACUAGCCUUGUGGAACUAUAAAGGCUGUUUGAAGUGGCACAAGUAUUUGAUUUCUUCAAGCAUUUGUCCGGUCGGAGUUUUAAAAAUGGCCUCUAACCAAGAAAUAAUGAGUGACCUGCGGUUUAGGCGGGUUACAAAAGACCCGAGAUUUUGGGAAAUGCCAGAAAAAGAUCGAAAAGUCAAAAUUGACAAGAGAUUUCGAGGAAUGUUUCAUGACAAAAAGUUCAAGUUGAAUUAUGCUGUGGAUAUAAGAGGACGUCCUAUCAACCACAGCACUACAGAGGACUUGAAACGUUUUUAUGACCUUUCAGAUUCUGAUUCAGAUCUCUCUGAUGAAAACAACAAAGAAUUGAACCAAAAGAAAAUGGAGAAGAAAAAACCCCAAACUAAAAGUAAAAUAGAAUCAAAAAAUCUAGUUGAGGAGAAAAAGAAAGAAACCAAGAAAAUUAACCAAAAGGAUUCUGGAAAUAAAAACAAUUUAGAUAACUCUGACACAAUUCAGAAAAUGAAAAACUCAUGCAAAUCUAAGAAGGUAGAUUUAAAAAUAAGUCCCAAAAAAGAUGGUGAAAAAUUUACACCAAAAAGUACGAAAGGCAAAAAAAAUAUUGCUCAACAUAAUACAGACUCCUAUCCCAAAGGAAGACUGAGGACAAUAGACUCAAGCACUUCCGAAAUUGUGAAAUCUCCCAAGAUCAAGUAUUCUGAGACAAGAAGAGAAAUACAGACAGUGGUUCCAUUCAUAACCGCUAGAGACAGUGAUGGUUGUGAAAACACAACUGGUAAAAUGUUUGAUAAAGAUGCUCUGAAGGAAGAUUCAGAAAGUGCUAGUGAAAUUGGUGAUGAAGACUCUGAAGAUGGAAUUAUAGGCAUUGGUAGAGCUGAUGAUGAUGAUGAUGAUGAUGAUGAUGAUGAUGAUGAUGAUGAUGAAGAAUCUGAAGAUGGAAUUACAGGCAUUGGUAGAGCUUCAGCUGUUGAUGAUGAUGAUGAUGAUAAUGAAGAAGAUGAAAAUGAUGAGGAGAAUGAAGAUGAUGAUAGUGAGGAUAAUGAUGAAAGUGACAGUGGACCUGAUCUUGCAAGAGGCAAAGGAAAUAUAGAAACUAGUUCCGAAGAUGAAGAAGAUAUGGUAGAUUUACUUUCAGAGGAAUCUGGUUUUGAGCAUGCUUGGAGAGAACUAGAUAAAGAUGCUCCUCGAGGUGAUGAGAUUACACGUCGAUUAGCCGUUUGUAACAUGGACUGGGAUAGAAUAAAGGCAAAAGAUUUGCUGGCUCUGUUCAAUUCAUUUAAAUCUAAAGGAGGUGUUAUAUUUUCUGUAAAGAUAUAUCCUUCAGAGUUUGGAAAGGAGAGGAUGAAGGAAGAGCAAGUUCAAGGACCAGUAGAGUUAUUAAGUAUUCCUGAAGAUGUCCCUGAAAAGGACUGGACCUCUAGAGAAAAACUGAGAGAUUAUCAAUUCAAACGACUGAAGUACUAUUAUGCAGUAGUAGACUGUGAUUCUCCUGAAACAGCUGGUAAACUUUAUGAGAAUUGUGAUGGACUGGAAUUCGAAAGUAGUUGUUCGUUCAUAGAUCUAAGGUUUAUACCAGAUGAUAUUACUUUUGAUGAUGAGCCCAAGGACGUAGCCUUAGAAGUGGAUUUAACAGCAUAUAAACCAAAAUAUUUCACAUCUGCUGCAAUGGGAACAUCAACGGUGGAGAUCACUUGGGAUGAAACUGAUCAUGAAAGAAUUACAACACUCAACAGGAAGUUUAAAAAGGAAGAGCUUUUGGACAUGGAUUUUCAAGCAUACUUAGCUUCCUCUAGUGAAGAUGAAGAGGAAAUAGAAAAGGAACUACAAGGUGGUGAUGUUGUCAGUGUAGAAGAAGAUGGGAAAACAAAAAAAAGUCAGAAAGAUGAUGAAGAACAAAUUGCUAAAUAUAGGCAACUCUUGCAAGUUAUUCAAGAAAAAGAGAAGAAAAGCAAAGAAAAUGACAUGGAAAUGGAAAUUAAGUGGGUUCCAGGUCUUAAAGAAAGUGCAGAAGAAAGGGUCAAAAAGAAAUUGGAAGGAAAGGAUAAACUGACCCCUUGGGAACAAUUUUUAGAGAAGAAGAAAGAGAAAAAAAGACUGAAAAAGAAACAGAAGGCUCUUGCUGAAGAGACCAGUGAAGAUGAACUUCCCUCUGAUGUUGAUUUGAAUGACCCGUACUUUGCUGAAGAAGUUAAAAAAAUAGGUAUAAAAGAAAAGAAAAAAUCAAUGAAAUCUGCCAAAGAUAGCACAUCUCCAGAGGAAGAUGCUGAAAUAGAAAAACAAAAGGCUGAAAUGGCUUUGCUCGUGAUGGAUGAAGAGGAAGAGAGCAAGAAACACUUCAAUUACAACAAGAUUGUGGAGCACCAGAAUCUGAGCAAAAAGAAGAAAAAACAGCUUAUGAAAAAGAAGGAAUUAAUAGAGGAUGACUUUGAGGUAAAUGUAAAGGAUGCACGGUUUCAGGCAAUGUAUACUUCCCACUUGUUCAAUUUGGAUCCUUCAGAUCCUAAUUUCAAGAAAACAAAAGCUAUGGAAAAAAUCCUUGAGGAGAAAGCCCGGCAGAGAGAACAGAAAGAACAAGAACUUACUCAGGCAAUAAAGAAAAAAGAGAGUGAAGUUCAAAAGGAAUCACAAAAGAGGUCCGUUGAUCCUGCUUUGUCAAUGUUGAUUAAAUCUAUAAAAAACAAAACAGAGCAGUUUCAAGCAAGAAAAAAACAAAAAGUCAAGUAACUAUAUAUUGUUUCUCUUUGGAUUGUGAAUGUGUUCUAAAGUAUACAGAAGUGGUAGAAGGAAUAUUUAUUGGGAACAAAGCUACCUUUCAAGAAUAUGGAUAAAGUCUUACCCUGACCAUUGUAAAAUUUCUCUCGUGUGUAACAGUUAGAUCUAAUUGGAGAUGAUUAACAAAUUUGCGCUCUGUAUUUCUACAGAUUAAUCAUAAUUAAUUCAGUUAAUCCAAAUUAUAGGAUUUAUAAACUUUUUAUAUUUUAUGAAGUUCAGUUUACAUUAGUAGAAGAUUACUCUAAGUUAGCUUUUUUUCUAAAAGAUUUUACAGUUCUAUGUAAAAAAUAGAACAGUACUCAAUCUUAAGUCUGAAUAACAAUUAGGAAUAAUUUUAAAAUAUGUUUUUGCAAUACAUUAAUUUCUCUGAAGGGCCGGAGACUGAUUUCGAUAUUUAAAUAAUUUAUUUUUCUAGCCCUAAUGGAUGGAAGCCAGUAAUUUGCUUUGUUGUUUGGUCAUGUUUAUUAUAUAAUAGUUUGUUUAUGACAUUAAUUUGUAAAUAAAAGAGUAAAAUGUUUUUAUUA